CCACGUGCUGAGCGGGGCCGCCUGCGUCCUCCCCGCCGACUGCGGCUGUGUGCUCGACGGCCGCUACCACCCGCCCGACGGAGGCCCCUUCUACUCGGGCCCCGACUGCACCAAGCGCUGCUCGUGCGCGCCGGGGGGGUCUCUGGCCUGCGAGCCGUGGGCGUGCGAGGCCAAGGAGGAGUGCCAGCUGCAACAGGGCGCCUGGACCUGCCUCCCAGUGGGCCUCGACGGGCGCUGCACGAUCGCCUCCGCUGCGCACGUCGUGUCCUUCGACGGCCGAUCCUUCUCGGCCUGGGGGGCGUGCGGCUACACGCUGGCCCGCACCUGCUCCCCCGGCCCCGAGCCUUUUUCCAUCGUCUUGCUGAAGGAUAAGUUGGGGGACCCCGGAAGCCUGGUGAUCACCGUAGCUGGAGUCUCGCUCACCCUCCACCGCAAGACCCCCUGGCUGGUGGAGGUGGACGGCGAGAUGGUGAUACUGCCCCUGGAACUGAAGGAGGCCGGAGUGCUGGUCAACCAGGUGGGCGCAACGACGAUGCUAAAAUGGGAAGGUGGCGGGAAGCUGACCGACGCCGACGGCUUCAUCCUGCUGCGGCUGUCGGGCGCCUACCGCGGCCGGGUCUGCGGCCUCUGCGGCAACUUCAACGAGGACCCGGGGGACGAUCUGCUCCUGCCCGACGGCCAGCAGGCCAACGACCCGAAGCCCUUCACGGAGGCGUGGGCGCGGCCCGAGGCCGGGCAGGCCUGCCGGAGCCACUGUGGCGAGCGCUGCGGGUCCUGCUCCGGCGACGCGUAUGAGGGGCCCCGGGCCUGCGGGCUCCUGGAGCUGCCGGACGGGCCCUUCGCCGCCUGCCACGCCCACGUGGCCCCGGCCCAGUUCGCGCAGCGCUGCGUGGAGGAGCUGUGCUCCACGGCCGGACACCCGAGCUCGCUCUGCCGCGGCCUCCACGCUUACGCCGUCGUGUGCCGCGGGGUGAGCGCCCCGCUCGGGCCUUGGAGGAACAGCACCUUCUGCCCGGCAGACUGUCUGCCCCACAGCCGACCGGGGGAGGGGGCGGAGCUAGGGUGGGCUCAGACCCUCCUCCUGCCCGUUCCGGACCUGGAACUCACAUACUUCAGACGGACCCUAAAGUGGACACAUGCACAGCACACCGAGGUGGGACCAUUCACACACGGACACCAAGGACACGCACGGAGUCAUGAGAUACAAACGUUGAGGCGGACACCGGAUGCGCACGCACAUACACACACACGCACUGAAGGACAGACAGACGCCCAGUUGAACAGACACUUCUGGACCCACCAACAACGGGAUACCCACCUCCCCACGUCCCUCCUCCGUAAGCUUGCAGUGGGGCCGUGUGUCCUGGACCGCCCUUCACUCACGGCCGUUCCCUGCCCUCCCCCAGCUCUCAACUGCGCCCCGGGGACGCUGUCCACUCGCUGCCUGCGCCCUCAGGAGACCUUCUGCGCCUCGGCCGUCUUCCCGUCCUGGAUCCCGACAGAGUGCUUCGAGGGCUGCGAGUGCCCCGGGGGGACCCUGGCCGAGGCCGGACUCUGCGUGCCCUCCUCCACCUGUGGCUGUAUCCACCAGGGCCGCUACCUCCAGAUCGGGGAGGAGAUCGUGAACGGUGACUGCACGGAGCGCUGCCGCUGCACCAAGGACUCCAACCUGCAGUGUGAGCGGCACCACUGUGAGCCCGGCGUCCUGUGUGGCCUGAGGGCCGGAGCCCGCGGCUGCCUGGUCCCCGAGGCCUCGUGCACCGUGGGGCGGCGGGGGAGUCAGCUGACGACGUUCACCGGCACCCAGGUGGCUCUGUCCUCCGGCGCCUUCCAGCUGGCCGCCCGCUGCCAUGGCAACACCACGACCUGGUUCCGCUUGGUCAGCAAGGUCAAGCCCUGUGAGAAGGAAGCGAUCCCCUUGCUCAUCGCCUACGUGUUCGUGCCCGAGGGCUUAGUGGUGAUGCAGCAUGGACGGGGCAUCUGGGUGAGCUCUCCCACCCCAACCUGA